AUGGAGACGCCGCUGGCCACCGCGCUGCAGCUCGUGCGCUCCGCCAUUGGCUCCCUCGAGGGCGCGGCAGGCAGCAGCAGCGCCGGCGCACUGCAGUCGCUGCAGCUCGCCGCUGCGCUCCUCGGCGGCCUCGACCCGUACCUCGACGCCAGCUCGAGCCGGGGGCCGCCGGCGCUGCAGGCGCUCAUCGACGAGACCGAGUCGCACGACUGGGCCGGCGCCUUCCGCGACAAGAAGGUCUCCUUUGAAGUCACGAGCGGCUGGUCAGCAGGAAACUAUGAAGGAUCGUUCAUUGCCUUGGUCGCGCGGGCCAUCAAGGCGAAGCGCGUGCUCGAGGUCGGCAUGUUCACGGGCACCACGACGCUCUGCAUCGCCGACUCGCUGCCCAAGGACGGCAAGGUGCGCGGCCUCAUUGCGCUCGAGAUCGACGAGUACUUCAAGCAUCUGGCGGCGCCCUUCUUCGCCAAGGCCGGCGUCGCCGACAUCAUCGACGUGCGCGUCGGCCCUGCGCUCGAGUCGGUGCAGGCCAUGGCGGGCACGGAGGAGCCCUUCGACCUCAUCUUCAUCGACGCAGACAAGACGGGCUACCACGACUACUACGAGACGAUCAUGUCCAGCGGCCUGCUCGCCAAGGGCGGCGUGCUGCUCGUCGACAAUACGCUCUACAAGGCCUCGAAGGAGCAGCUGGGCCAUCUGCAGCUCAAUGCCGACUACGGGCGGGCGCUCACGGCGUUCAACAAGCAUGUCAACGACGACGCACGCGUCGAGGCGUCCGUGUUGCCGAUCCGUGACGGCGUGACGUGGAUCAUGCACGCCAAGUAG